AUGCCUUCCGCAGGCCCGAAAAACCUGUCCCUUCGGGGGCUCUACAAUUUUCAAUGCCCGCGGCCUCAGGUACAGGCGUAUAAUCAGUCACUUCUAACAUCGAUUCAUGCUUCGAAGCCCUCGGUAUCUCACCGCUGCACUAGCCAUCAGCAACAACCGCUGGCCUCAUGCUUCGCUCUUCCUUCGCAAAGUCGGCGAAAUUCUUCCCAGCUAGCUCGCGCGAUCGGGCCGCGCCCUGGUACUGCAGCAGAGACCUACGUCGCCUACGGAAUGACACAGAAGCUAUUCGAGGCCUGCUCCAGACAAGCAGACUACAAGAUACCUCAGUUGUCUCAGAAAGGAGCUCAGGUUCCCAAGACAAGUGCCGGGGAAGACUUGGGAGUAGGUGAAGGAUGGUGGUAUGAAGAAUUGGGUCUCGUUCCUACUUUCUCGACAUGGUCGCAGGUUACAUUCCUGCACAUGUACUUAUUGACGGUCCGGUUGCGCGCGUUGCCGUCGCAUGAUAGCCUUCAAACCUACUCACGCCAUUUGAUCGACCACUUCUCACAUAGUGCCGAGCAUCGCAUGGAUGUGCUUCACGGGUUGACGAGCCGCGGUAUACGCAAUAAGUUCCUCAAGGAUCUUUUUAUCCAAUGGCGCGGUGUUUUGGCAGCCUACGAUGAAGGCCUAGUUAAGGGAGAUGCAGUGCUGGGAGCUGCCGUUUGGAGAAACCUUUGGAAGGCGAGUUAUACUGCACCAGAUGGCAAGGACUUGGAUUGGUCGAAGAUAGCUCAGGUCGUUGCGUAUAUGCGGCGAGUACUUUCCGAACUCAACCAGGUGCACGAAGCGGACUUGGUCUUCCAACUGGACCAGCAAAGGAACGGGAAGCCGGGUAUUUUCUCUCAUUCCGAAGUCGAUCAGAAGAUGGUCGAUAGCAAACGGUGA